CCUCACGCUUUUCUUUUGUUCUACUCCUCCGCUUUCUUUCGUCUCUCUCUCUUUUUCCCCGUUUAAACCUCCCACCCCGUUGUUCUCCUUCCUUCCCUUUCCCUUUCCCCCACCUCCCUUCCAAAAGGUCUUCUCUCACCUCCUGCCUCUUCCCACCGGAGAAAAGAAGAGAGAGGCCGCUCCAGUUUUGUGUGUGGUGCGUUGUUUAGUCGCCGUGUAAUUUGAUUUAGAAAGAGACGGGGAUAUAGAUAGAGAGUGGCUUUUCCAGCAAACGUAACAGCAACAACGACACGGACGAAGCUCCCUCCUUAGAAAUCUCAGAUCUCUCUCUGCCUUCGCCGAAUCCGCCUCCCUGACUCGCCGGAAAUGGCGCAGAAAACUCUGAUCUACUCCUUCGUCUCCCGCGGCACUGUGCUUCUCGCCGAGUACACCGAAUUCAGCGGCAAUUUCAAUUCCAUAGCCUUCCAGUGCCUCCAGAAACUCCCCGCAACCAACAACAAGUUUACCUACAACUGCGACGGCCACACUUUCAAUUAUCUCGUUGAUAAUGGCUACACGUACUGCGUCGUUGCCGAUGAAUCAGCUGGAAGACAGGUGCCCAUGGCUUUCCUGGAACGUAUCAAGGAAGAUUUCAUGGCGAAAUACGGUAGUGGAAAGGCUACAACAGCUGCUGCCAAUAGCCUAAACAAGGAAUUUGGGCCAAAACUGAAAGAGCAUAUGCAGUACUGUGUGGAUCACCCUGAAGAGAUAAGCAAGCUUGCAAAGGUUAAAGCUCAGGUUUCAGAAGUGAAAGGAGUUAUGAUGGAGAACAUCGAAAAGGUUUUGGACAGGGGAGAGAAGAUAGAACUUCUGGUGGACAAAACUGAGAAUCUCCAUCAGCAGGCACAAGACUUCCGAUCUACUGGAACAAAAAUCCGGAGGAAGAUGUGGCUGCAGAAUAUGAAGAUCAAGCUCAUUGUUCUGGGAAUCCUCAUCGCGUUGAUCCUCAUCAUCGUACUCUCAGUAUGCAAAGGUUUCAGCUGUGGGAAAAAAUAAAUGUGUGGAGUUGUUCGAUUCGGAGAACCAUUUUUCAUCCGUUGUCAUCCUUGCUUGGGUGGUGAGCUAUUAUUAAAGACUUCUGCUACGAAAUAUAUUGUUGCCACCUUUUGUCUAGUAAGAGUUUUAGAAGUUUUUUUUUUUGUGAUAUUGCUGCAUAGGAGGAUGGAUGAACGUUGUGCCUGUGAAUGAAAUCUGUGUAAUCUACUUUGUCUAUCCUCUACGUAUUGAUUGCUACAAUGGUUUUUUGGCGGUAAGUAUAAUAUUUGGCCCGCUUUUCAUGUGCUGUGAAUAUGUGCCGACGAGCUUCGGCCGAACUAGUAUGAUCUGCAGUAAAUCUGGUAGCAGUGCUGGUGAAGCAACUGUCAGUUGCUCAUGUGCUUGAGAUUGUAUAAUUGAUAGGGUAAGAAGUGUCGAUACUUCACUUGUUUGCCUGAAAUGGUUGUAUUAAAAGGAAACCCGGAAAUGGUAGGGUUAGCUAGUGUUUGUAAAACCGUAUCGAAGAUUCGAUCGCGAAAAUUUCAG